GGAUUACGUAUUUUGUACUUUUUGAUGAUUUUUAGAUUAUUAAAUAGAAACAGACGUUUUGUUAAUUCAAUAUCUUUCCCUUCUAACCUUGUAGCAACUUUAAACAGUUCAUUUGUUUAUAAUUUAUCGCAACAUACUCCAGUUUUUGUUUUCUCAAACAGUUUUCGAUUUCAAACAGUCUUCAACAAUAAAGCAAGAACAAUGGCAACAUCAUCGUUUAAUAACCUUCCACCAAAUUUUACCAUCUCAUCAGAUGGAAGUCAUGCGGUAUUAUCAGUUCCCGUAGAAAAGUCUGAUAAUGAUGAAAGAUCUUAUAGACUUAUUAGAUUGAGUAAUGAAUUAGAAGCUUUACUUAUUCACGACGCUAAAACUGAUAAAUCAAGUGCUGCUUUAGACGUUCAUAUUGGUAAUUUAUGUGAUCCGGAUGAAUUAUUAGGACUUGCCCAUUUUUGUGAACAUUUGUUAUUUAUGGGAAGCGAAAAGUAUCCAAAAGAAAAUGAAUACAGUGAUUAUUUAUCAAAGCAUAGUGGACAUUCUAAUGCUUACACUGCAUCUGAUUCCACAAAUUAUUAUUUUGAAGUUGGACCUGAAUAUUUGGAAGGCGCUUUAGAUAGAUUCGCCCAAUUUUUUAUUGCGCCAUUAUUUGAUCCUAGUUGUACUGACAGAGAAAUUCGUGCAGUUGAUUCUGAGAAUAAGAAAAACCUACAAUCAGAUGAUUGGAGAUGUUAUCAAUUAGAAAAAUCACUAUCAAACCCCAAUCAUCCUUAUUGUCGUUUUGGUACAGGAAAUUUAGUGACACUAAAAGAAAAUCCAGAGAAACAAGGAUUAAACAUUAGAGAUGAAUUAUUAAAAUUUCAUGAUAAAUAUUAUUCCGCUAAUAUUAUGAAAUUAGUCGUACUUGGUAAAGAACCUUUAGAUCAGCUUUCUCAAUGGGUUAUUGAGAAAUUUUCUACUGUUAAAAACAAAAGUAUUCCGGUACCUACUUUUGAAGGUCAUCCAUUAACUAAAAACGAAUUGAUGAGGCAAGUUCUUGUUAAACCUGUGAGGGAUAUUCGUAGCUUAGAAAUGACAUUCCCAUUUCCAGAUCAAAGUUUACUAUAUCGCGUUCAGCCUGGAAGAUAUUUAUCUCACUUAAUUGGACAUGAAGGAGUGGGUUCAAUAUUAUCUUUACUGAAAAAGAAAGGUUGGGCAAAUUAUUUAAGUGCUGGUCCAAGCCAUGGAGGAGUUGGCUUUGAAUUUUUCAGAAUUUCGAUAGAUCUUACUGAAUCAGGUUUGGAUAAUCGUGAAAAUGUAAUUUUACAUGUGUUUCAAUAUAUUGAAAUGUUGAAACAGAUCGGAGUGCAAGAGUGGAGUUUUCGUGAAGUUGAAAAACUUAAUGAAAUUUCAUUUAGGUUUAAAGAGAAAUCAUCACCAUCACGAUAUGUUUCAAGGUUAUCCAAUACGAUACAAACACCAUAUCCAAGAGAAUGGGUUCUUAGUGGACCAUAUUUGAUUAGAGAAUAUGAUCCAAAAUUAAUUGAAGAAUCUCUUGAAUGGCUUCGCCCUGAUAAUUUCUUUCUUGAAUUAGUUAGUCAAACUUUUACUGGAUUAGAUCAAAAAGAAAAAUGGUAUGGAACUGAAUAUAAAGUUGAACCUUUAAGUUAUGGAUUACUUCAGGCUUUGAAGAAUAUUGAGUUAAACCCCGAAUUAAAAAUGACUUUACCGAAUGAAUUUAUUCCAACCAACUUUGAAACACACAAGACGGAAGUUGCAACGCCUGCCAAGAGACCGAAUUUAAUCAAUAAUACUGUAACUAGCCGAUUAUGGCAUAAAAAAGACGAUACCUUUUGGGUACCAAAAGCUAACGUCUAUUUUAUAUUGAAAAGCCCAUUCUCUUACGUUACACCAUUGAAUAGUGUUAAGGCUCGAUUAUAUGUAGAUUUAAUUAAGGAUGCUUUAACAGAAUAUUCAUAUAAUGCUGAAAUUGCAGGGUUAAGUUAUGAUCUUUAUACUCAUUUUAAUGGAUUGUUAUUAACAAUCGAUGGUUAUAGUGACAAAAUGCAAGUUUUAUUAGAAAAAAUAUUGAUUAUAAUGAAAAAUUUUGAAGUGGAUUCUGAAAGAUUUUCAUUAAUCAAAGAAUACCUUCAAAGAGAUUAUAAAAAUUCUUUAUUAGAUUCACCACAUCAACAUUCAUCGUAUUACUUUUUAUAUUUAACUCAAGAAAAAGUGUGGUCACAUGAAGAAAAAUUAGAAGUAUUAGAUGAUAUUAAAUUUGAAGAUAUAAAAAUGUUUUAUCCUGAAUUGUUGAGUCAAUUACAUAUAGAAUCAUUAAUUCAUGGUAAUAUAUUAAAGGACGAUGCGAUGAAAAUGACUCAAAAAGUUGAAGAAAUUCUUCAACCAAAAGCUCUUUUGCCAUCACAAUUAAUUGGUUAUAGAUCUGCUAUACUUCCAUAUGGGAAAAAAUUCAUUUAUCAAAGAAAUGUUUAUGAUACAGAAAAUAUUAAUUCCGCUAUUGAUUAUCAUAUUCAAGUUGAUGGUUUAAUGGAAGUAGAAUCGAGGGCAAGAUUAAGUUUAUUGGCUCAAAUCGCUGAUGAGCCUUGUUUUAAUCAAUUAAGAACGAAGGAACAAUUAGGUUAUCUGGUCUUUAGCGGGAUAAAAAAACAAGCAUCAACUAUGGGAUUCAGAGUUAUUAUACAAAGUGAAAAGGAUACUGUUCAUUUAGAAAAUAGAGUUGAAGCUUUCUUAAAUAGUUUACAGAAAAUAAUCGAAGAGAUGUCAGAGAAAGAAUAUCAAAACCAAGUUCAAUCGUUAAUUGUCAAGAGAUUAGAAACCCCUAAGAAUUUAGGUCAAGAAACUCAGAAAUAUUGGCAACAUAUUAGUUCCGGAUAUUAUGAAUUUGAUCGAGAUGAUACAGAUGUAGAAGAAAUACGUAAAAUUACAAAACAAGAUUUCUUGGAAUUUUACAACAAAUUUAUUAUUCCAAAUUCAUCAAAUUUCAAAAAAUUAUCAGUACAUUUAAGAUCACAAAAAAAUUCACAAUCAAAAACAUCGGUAAAUGAUAAAGAAAAUGAAACAUUGGAAUUAGAAUUGAAAGAAGGAAAUGAAAUCAUUGAUGAUAUAGUAUUAUGGAAAAGUCAUAUGAAAUUGGGACCCGCACCUACCCCCGUUAUAAUGUUUAAUGAUUCAAUUAGUAAAUUAUAGAAGUGAUAUAUCAUGUGAAAAUUUUUAGAUAAAAGAAAAUUAAUAAAUAUAUUAUAUAUAUAUAUGUAUUAAUAAUCAAUAAUCAAUUUUAAAUUCCAAUAAAUCACGUGA